GCGAGUACCUCAAGCUUCGUUUGAAAAAAGAAAUUUUUUUAAAUUUAAAUUUGAAUUUUAAAAUUAGUAAUUUUUGAUUAAUUUUUUUUUUUUUUCAUAUAAAUAUAUAUAUGUUUGUAUGUAUAUAUGUAGGUAUAUGUAUUAAUGAUUGGUUGAUUAAUAUAAAUGGUUCAAUCAACAAGUGUAACAUUUAAAAGUUUGAGUGUGUGUAAAUAGUGAAAUAUUUAAACGGUGUUUCAAUUAGCGGGAAAUAAAAAAUUUGAAUCAAUCAAGUGAAAAUAGUAGCGGGUAAAAUAAAAGUUUAAAAAGGUGAAUUAAAAAAAUAUAUGGAAAAAGAGAAAAAAUUCAGAUCGUUAACCACUGCGUGUAUAAAAGCUCGAGUAGUCGUUCGAGGCCACGGAGAUUAAUUAAGUCGCGAGCCAAUUAGUUUCGUUUUUAAAUUUACUGCCAACCAAAAGACAGGGAAAUUAAUACGAUUUAUUACUGAGAUUAUAAUAAUAAUUAUUUAUAUAUUUGAGAUGGUCAUAAUUGAUAAAUAUGUAAAUUAAUAUAUUUGUAAUACAAGAUGAUUAAAAUGAAUCUCGUACUACUUAAAUUUAUUUUUCUUGGAUUUUUAAUGGCAGGAGCCCGGGGUAAAUCCGCAGAGCUAAAGGUACCAGAAAUAGUGGAUCCACGUGAAGAAAAAGUAAUACUAGAAUGCAACUACAAUCUCGACGGCGAGGAAUUGUAUUCGGUUACUUGGUUCAAAGAUGGUAAUGAGUUUUUUAGGUAUAUGCCGAGUGCAAUGCCAGGAAAAUUACACCAACAGCAACAGCAACAGAGGCAGUCAUUGUCAAGUACCAGAGGCGCAGAUCCAGCCUUAGCCGCGGCGAAUUCUGUGGCGACUAAGGCAUUUAAUGUACAAGAUGGGGUGGCGCAAGUUGAGUUGAGUGAAAGCAACGACAAACGUGUUGUCAUACGACAACACUUGGGUGACAAGUGGAUAAAUGUAACCGGAUCUUAUGGUUGCCAAGUGUCAGGAGAGGCUCCUAAGUUUGAUAUUGUCUACGAUGAGGCGGUUAUUAAUGUCGGAGUACUCCCACAGCGGGAUCCAGUUAUCGAAAAUUUAAGAACUCACUAUGAUAUCGGUGAUAUUCUUGAGGCUCAGUGCAUUUCCGCCCCGAGUUACCCACCAUCGAAAUUGUCAUUUCUUGUCAAUGGUCAAGAGGUGGAGAAAUCAUUGACGACACAAUUCCCCAGCGUGGGUAACGUCGAGGGUAGUGUCGUCUCGACAACACGUCUUGGAUUGUCAAUGUCACUUAAGCGUCAGGACUUUACUGCUACGUCAGCAAGUCUCCAUCUUGUGUGCCGAUCGAUUCUACCAGGUAUACCAGGUGCCAAGGCCCGCGAGACCAAAGCGAUCAUUUUCCUUACUGCCAGCAAUGAGAAACUUGCCCAAGAGGCACCGACACCCUUUUCUUCCACCGCCCACACAAAUUAUUCUCAUUUAGACAACAAUAAAUUUUCCUUACUUAUUAUCAUCACUUUUAUCAUCACCAAACUCUAGUCACCAAAAUUUAAAUGGACAAAAGAAGA